AUAUAAACGCGCUAAGAUGGAGAAAAAGAAAAAUUUUAGAAGAAAGAGAGGGAACAAGCAUGGAAAGACAAACUGGGCCCAAAGAAGGAAAAUGGCUAAGAAUAGACAGGGAGGGGACUCUAAAGAUCAAACUGGAGUAGAUAUGAGAGAUAUUUAUCCCCAGAAAGAGAUGGUGCUAGAUAAUGUCAAAUUUGACCUCUAUUAUCGAAGACUACUUGAUCCUCUCUUCAAAUCAAAUGGAGCUACAACUCCUGAAGAGAUAGUGGCUAAUAAGGAUGCUGAUUUUGAAGAGUUCAGAGCAAAGCUGAAGGAAAAACUUCCUAUUACAUUUAGAGUAAACCCUUCAUGAAUUGGAUACGAAGCUGUGACUGACUUACUCUCAUCCGACACUUUCAUAAAAGACUGGGCUGAGAAAAAUAAGGACAACCCCGAUAUGCAAGCAAAGGAGAGUAAAGAACAAGUGCUCACAACUGAAGAGAUGGAGAAUUUGAAGUUUAAACUAUUCGAUUUCUAUCCAGACAAACUCCUUUAUGAACUUCCAUUAGCAAGAGAGGUCCUUAGAAAGGAUCGUAUUUUGGCAUCUAUUCAUAAAUUUGUCCAAAAGAGUAAUGACUCAGGCCUACUCACUAGACAAGAGAUUGUGAGUAUGAUCCCUCCUUUGUUACUGGAUGUCAAGCCUCAUCAUAAGAUAUAUGAUGCCUGCGCUGCCCCAGGAAGUAAGACAGCACAGUUGUUAGAGUUCGGACUUAAAGAACUUCACGGUAAAAAUGUCACCCUGAAUCCUGGAUUUGUGAUAGCAAAUGAUGCAGAUGACUCAAGAGCAAACAUGCUUGCUCACCAGAUGUCAAGAUUUAACUACGGAUGCAUUGUGAACCAUGAUGCGCAAAAUUUCCCAACACUUCAUUACCAGGCAGGGACCUCCGCUUUCAAAUCGCUUGAUAUAUCUAACUUUGAUAACAGAGUGUAUUUUGAUAGAAUAGUUUGUGACGUUCCUUGCUCCUCAGACGCUGCAAUUAGAAAGAUUCCAAAGAAAUGGGAGACUUGGGAUCCAAUUGAUGGUGCAGCUUUGCACCCACUCCAGUUAAAGAUCCUCCUCAGAUCUCUAUUAAUGCUAAAGCCAGGGUCAGAGGAUUCCUACCUGACAUAUUCGACCUGCUCGUUGAACCCAAUCGAGAACGAAGCUGUUGUCUAUGCAGCCUUGAAGAAACUCAAUGAGCAUGGAGAGAAUGGAGAAGAAUUCGAAAUUGUUGACUGUAGAGAUAAACUAACCUCCUUCAAAACAAGACCAGGGCUCUGAAAAUGGAAAGUUUAUGACUCCAUUUCUCGCCAAAGUAGAAGAAGAGCCAAGAAAGAGGCUGCUAAAGAAGAAGAUACUAAGAAAGAAGGAGAAAAUGAUGAAAAAGACCAAUCUAAAGAGGAGGAGAAGAAGCUUGAAAAAGCUAAAGAAUAUAAAACUGCCUCUUUCGAGGAAUAUUUCCGUGAAUAUACCACUCAUGAUGGCAUUCAAGAUGAAAAUAGGAAGAAGAAGUUUAAACCAAGCUUCUUUCCCCCUGAAGGAACAGAGGAGGAGAUUGAAGCCAAGUACCAUUUGAGCAGAUGAAUCAGAGUCUUCCCAAAUGACCAAGACACUAGUGGAUUCUUUAUUGUCUUAUUUAGAAGAAAACCAUUAACUAGAGUACAAACAGAGACUGCUGAAGAGGUUAAGAAAGCAGAGGAUGAAAAUACGGUUGUUCCCGUUCAGAAACCAUUAACAAAUAUGAUGCGUUGCGAUCCUAAAGACCCAGAUAUUGAGUUUAUUCAAUCCUAUUAUGGACUUACUGAAGAUUUCCCUCUUGACCAGAUAUUCACAUUCUCAACAAGUAUGAACAAGCUUUUGAUGAUCAAUAAGGGACUUUCAGACUUGCUAUACGCUGAUCAGGAUAAGUCACUGAAUCUCAUAGCUGGAGGAGCCGAAACUUUCAUUAGAAACACUUCCAAAAAAUUCAGUGGAACAGAGUGAAUCUAUCGUAUCUCCCAAAAUGGAAUCUACCAUGUGUAUCCAUUCAUGACAAAACGUAUCUUUUAUGUAAACAUGGAGACAUUCUUAUUGGUUCUAAACAACGAUAGGAUCCAAAUAGAGAAUAUCCCUGAAGGUGACUUCAAAAACGAGAUAGAUUCUCUCUCAUGAGGAUGCUUCGUAGUUGUUGUCAAGAUCGAUGAAAACAGGGAGGAAGCAUUGACUCUUCACAGACACCAUGCACACAUUAACAUUAUGGUGAGCGAACUCAACCUUCACAGAAUCAGAACUUGCCUCAAUAAGCAUUUUUAGAUGGAUAAUAU